GUCCGCGCGCGUAGAAUCAACUCCAAGGUACAUACGUACAAGACACGUCGUGAUUUAGUUUAUUUGAAAGUCUGUGAUUGUGCCAUUUCGGAUUUCAGAAUGAACGGUGCUAAUUUGGGAUACAACAUGUCGAUCGUGGAUUCGUACAAUCGGUUUAUGGAGAGGAAUAGUGAUCCUCGAACGGAAAAUUGGUGGAUGAUGUCAGGCCCUGGACCAUUGAUUACGUUACUGGCAUCGUACCUAUACUUCUGCACAUCUAUGGGGCCCCGGUACAUGCGGGAUCGGAAACCUUAUUCCUUGAAGAACACCAUCGUACUGUAUAAUGUGUCACAGAUUCUGAUGAGCAUAUACUUAGUAUAUGAAGGUCUAGUAGCUGGUUGGUGGAAUGAUUAUAACUUUUCCUGCCAGCCUGUGGACUACUCGGAUAACCCGAAAGCUAACAGGAUGGCAGCAGCUGUAUGGUGGUACUUCUUUGCGAAAGUUGUGGAGCUCUUGGACACGGUGUUCUUUGUUCUGAGGAAAAAAAACAGACAAAUAUCGUUCCUCCAUCUUUACCAUCACACCAUGAUGCCUAUCUGCGCUUGGAUUGGUGUGAAAUUCUUGCCAGGUGGUCACGGAACUCUACUUGGAGUGAUCAACUCAUUCAUUCACGUCAUCAUGUACACAUAUUACCUGAUCUCUGGACUUGGCCCGCAAUACCAGAAGUUACUUUGGUGGAAGAGUCACGUUACUACGCUUCAAUUGAUCCAAUUCUGCAUCAUAUUCUACCAUAACUUUACUGUUAUGUUCUGUGACUGCAACUACCCGAAGUUUAUCAACUUUCUACUGUCCCUCAACUCUGGAGCAUUCUUAUACAUGUUCGGUAACUUUUAUUACAAAAAUUACAUUGUUGAUAAGAGGCAACCAGCUGUAUCCAGCAGCACGGUGUACAAAGAAGGAAAGGAAUGUUAGUCUUAAAAUACUCAAUUAGUAUAAGAACUCGUUUUAUUGUGAUCCAGCUUUAAGUAAUGCUUCGUUGUAAAACCUUUUAAAUGAGAUAAAAAAUUAUGAGUUGUUGGCGCUGACGUUUAGACGUUUCGCCCUGUUGUUCGAAUUUUGAAAAUGGAAUCAUUGCACAGUGUUUGAAUUCGUGAACAAUACAAUAGUUAUUAAUCCAUUAAAAUCAAUAAUAGUAUUUGAACAAUAUAUUUAUAGUCAAAGUUUUAUAACGAAGCAUAAAUGUUUUUUUUAUAAGGAUAGCUUAAAGGUGUGUAGAUAUUAUAAUUAUAUACCCUUUUACGGGCUAAGAUUGAAUUCUAAAUAGUAUAUGUAAGUGCCUUUGUAUUCUUGAUGUUUAUUUGGUGGAUUAACUUAAUUAUCGUGGAUUAGGUUUGGGUUUCAUAGACAUAUUUUGUGGAGUGAAUUUAUAUAAUUUUUUUUUGGACAAAACAGUUCUCUGCUUUUUAUGAUUUUACAUAGAUAGUAUGAGUCUGUACGUCCAUAACUCGAACACUCUGGUUCAAUGAACUUUGGAGUGUAAUAUAUUCGUUUAAUUUUCUUUCCAAAUAAUAAAUUAUUUGAAGUAAAGUGCUAAAUACAUGUCAUGUAAUUUUUUAUAUUAAUAUAAAUGCGUAGAAAUGUUAUGAGCGAGAGCUUGGACUUAAAACAGUUAAUAAAUUCGUUUACAGGUAAAUAGAUCAGGGCCCGUACUUUGUAACUUCCAAAAGCGAUUCCAACCAACGAUCCAAUUUUUGUAUGGUACAUAGAGAGAACUAAUAAUAAUAAUUCAUUUACAAAAAUAUAUAACAAAAAUGUUAUGGUGGUAUAAACUAAAGUUCACACAUUCAGCUACACAUACUCGUAAUGGCGUGCAAAUUAGUCUUAAAAGGUAGAGUUUUACAUAAACGUUAUAAUUACAUUAUGAGUUAUAUCAUCAUAUUCAGUCAAUUCUUAUAUAAACUAAAACAUCGAAUUUGAAUACUAAACAACACAAUUAGAGGUUACAGAGUAACGCUGAUCCGAGACCAUCUCAGUCACAAAAUUGCACAUUUUGAACUAUAUAUAUCAUAAUGAAUGACUCUCAGUACUUUGAUAGCUGCGAAAUUUGGUCUGAAGUGAGGCCCUAAGAAAAAGUGUUUCUGUUUUGAAAACUACUUGGCGCUAAGGCUGAACAGGCACAAAUAUAAUUUAAUUCCUGAAAAUUAAAGUUUCGACAAGUAAAUUUUUCAAUGAGCUCCAAUGCAAACAAAUCAUUUUGUACUGUUAAAAAUUCACCGAAAAUGGACCAGUCUUUGUCACUCAUAAAGCUUAUGCAUUAAACCUGCCAUAUAUUUUUUUAAAUCUUAUACGAGACAUUAGUUUUUACAGUAAAUGAACUUGGGUAUAUGUAAUGCUUAAUAAUUAUGACAUUCACAGUAUUUACCACACGUAUAGAAAAAAUAAUGUUCAUUAAUUAAAUGGUAUUAAUGCUAAAUUAAUGAUAUGAAAUACUGAAGACACUGCCUGCUGACUGGCAACACUCUCAGGUCGUUACUCCGAUGAUUUAGGUAAUGGGCAGGCUUAUAAAAACAAGAAGACAAAUUGUAUAUUCGGUUCAUACAUUACAUAUACAUUGUUAAACUUUAUACAAGUUUAGAUUUUGUGUGUAUGCUGACUAGUUUUAUUUAGUAUGCUUAAUGCAUACUAAAUAUCUAUAUAAAUACGAAUUUGGCUUAUAAUGAUCUUAAAAUGUAUGAAAGUUUAGUAAAGAUAUAAACUGUGGGAAACAUAAAUAAUAAGUAAAGAAAAAUACUAAAAACGACAAUUUUUAAUAAAACCUUUUCGUAACAGGAAAAUAUUGGAUAUCUUUUGAAAAUAUAACUAAUGGUUACUUGGUUGUCAUAGCAACCAUUCCAAGUAACCACCUUCAGAAAUUUGUGUUUCAUAGCUGUAGCAUGAGGUACGGCAGUUUGUUCUAUUGAAAUAUUUUACUAAGUUUGACACAAAUAUAUGUAGAUGAUACGAGGUUCGCCAUGUCAUCUCGUAACGCAUUUUUUCUAUUAACACAUACAAUUAUUUAAAUACAAUGUAUUCACGAUCCACGUUUUACGAGGGCGUUUCUUUGAAGAUUUGUUUGUCUAAAGAAAUUGCUCUCAGUAAGUGACGAAAUGUUGCAUUUUUUAUUUGUGUUGUGAUGUAAUUAUUGAAUGCGAUUGUUAAAAUGUUAUUUUAUGGCAUUUAUAAUUAAUUUUAAUUUGGGCACUGUAUUUUUAAGUGAAGGCGAAAUAGUCAGUACAUUUAUAAAUAUACAUAAGUAAAAAUAUACUUUUAGCGAAUGUAAACGGGAAUCAGUUUUUAAUGAAAAUUAAGAAACUGUUUUAACCUGCAAAAGUCUAUUUUUAAUAUGUGAUGUGAUAAAUACAAUAUUAAAUACAUGA